GGCAACUCGCCUAUUCAACUCUUUACCUUGGCUUCACGAGCCAUUAUCGGCUGUGCAAUCGGCGUGUAUAUGUUUACCACAGUAUAGGCCUUUUUCUGUCCGUGGCGCAUGCAGACACCUUUGCUUGAGGAACAAUUUCAUCGCAUUCCAGAGUCUUGGAUGACCACGGUAGGCACUGUCUGCAACGUCAUUGGACGCAUCGAGACUGCAUCUUCGCAGCUGUUACGAACCCUCCUCCAGACCGUGGUGGAACACAGCUCAAUCUCGUUCGGCGACUGAGGGACAACUGCACCUCGCCUCGACGUCGACGUCGACCUCGAUUCCACCCACCAUCCUCCUUGGACAGGCUUGAUCAAUGCCGCCAGCACACCCUCCGUCUGUAAGAACACCAUUUCUCUCAAUUUAGCUCUAUCAGUGGUUAAAAAGGCAUACGUCUUGGUUCGAGAUACCCAGCCGCGACACACACCACCUUCCCCCUCGUCAUCCAUCUCGCUACGGCCAGUCCUUCUACCCUUCUAGACAUUGUCUCAGCAGUCUUUAGCAGACAUCCUGAUGACUUGACUUACUUACCAUCCUGCAGGAAUCCCGCCCAUCGAGUCCUCCUUCUUCUCUUGAGCGCAUACUUGAAAUCCAACAAGCCAUCUCCAGAGACGCCGCUCAUUUGGCCGCUACCGCGAGGCACCGGCAUAAUACUCAACAAGUUGGGAGCGGCCCAUCUCGACAGAACGGGUCGUCCGGACUUUUCGCCGCACUUGCCGCUGCGGUUACCCUUUCUAGGCAGCCCGAUGAAGCCCGACGACCGCCUGCUGGAGGGGAGAACAAUGCCAACUUGGGCCCAGGAGGAGACCAAAUAUUGGCCAGAGCAAGGUGGCUGGCAGAGGGGGAGCAUCGGAACACCUCUGCCGAGGACCAACAUCCAGCCAUCAUGCAGGACCAGACGCCGACGAGAGAAAGUGACGAGACCGAAGAUGACUUUGGCCGAACGAGCACUGCAGGCACCGAUGACUACCUCGUCGCAAGACGAGAUCUAGAGCGUUUAGAAAGAGCCCUCGCCCGUCAACGCGCAGCCAGGAAUGGCCUCGUGAGGACCGGAAGGGCAGCCGAAUUAGGUGUUGUGCCCACUGCCAGCGCCCUAAGAGCGUAUUGGCACGAGGAACCUAACAGCAAUGACAACAGCGGGUCUUCAACCACAACAGCGUCUCAACAUCAAGACCGCAUCUCGGCUCAAGAAUGGCGAAAUGACGAAUACACCCGACUAUACGACGAAGCCUAUACUAUCUCCCACAGCAAUCCCCCAAGGCAGGACCGACACAAGAAGACUGGGGCGUUUGAUCGAGUACGGAACUCUAUCCGAUAUCUCUCUCAGCUGAGACACACUGGGGUAGAAGGUGGUCUGCAAUUGGCCAGACAGCUCGACUUGGACUCCUUGUAUGAGUCUCCUGAAUCAAACACACCCUGCGACCUACCAAUGCACGUUAACAGCUUGCCCAUUCCACAGUACAGCUCAUGGCUAGCGCCGGGAAUGGUCUGGAAUGGUCUACAGUCGACAGACAGGGAUCCUACUCAGGGCACAGCCACUUGGGCAUCGCAAGCUCGUCGAGACAGGCAGCGAGCCAUCUUCCGUCAUACCCUCGCUCGGAGAAGGGAAGCAAUUCAAGAAGAAAUCGAGGGAUUACCAGGCUCUCUGAUGGACUCUGAACGAUACUUAUCUGACCUGCUGCAAGACAGCAAUGGUCGAUGGGGCUUUUCUCAAGAAUCACCAUCACCUCGAUCUGCGUUGUCGCCCCCUCAGUCCUCCGAGUCCGAUCACUGGCCGGUCAAGGUGACCAUUCACUCAGUGGAUUACGAUACAAUGACCCUAACGGGGACAAUGUCGGCGAGCCACAUGCCCGAGAAAAUAUCACCUUCACACCUAUCCACUACGGAGUCACCCCAGUCGGCGACCAGUAUGUCCUCAUAUUUUACGGGCGAAAUCAUUGAUUUCCGAAGGCAACCCCUAGAAACUGAACCUGACGGCCGAAACUACCGGGUAGGCGGCCUCGACAUUGAUGCAAGCUACUGGGCCCGGCUAGGUCCGUUCAGAAAGGAGAUCGAAUAUGUCAGGAACCUGCGCGGCAGGGCUAGGAAUGAAUACCAGCAGGACAGCAAUCUUUGGAACGCCUUCCGCAAGACUGCCGGAGACGAGGGCGACUACAAGGAGUCGAAUACACAACACAAUGACCACCCCGACACGGCCAUGACUGUGGGCGAUAGCCAAGCUGGGCCUUUGAUGACGGAAAAUGAAGACAGCCCGGAAAUUGAGGAUGAUAAGAUCAUGGCUCGCUGUCUAGGAAGCGCGAGAUGGCUCGAUGAGAAAGUCGGCAAGGAGUGGAUACUUAUGAGAUGGAAAGAGCGGUGCUUUGUCAACCCGACCGGCCAGUCGCCGCAGAAUCAUAGUCAGACAAGAAGAAUUCUGACGACCACAUCCUCCUCAUACUCGCCGUAUGCUGGACGUUCCCCUGACCCGGGCACAAAUGCUUGGAGCGGCACUGGUACUGGCACGUCCUGGGGUUUGACCAUCUCGGGAUUCUACUAUAUCGCUCUCAAUAGGCUUACGGGCGAGAUUGAUGGUCUUUACUAUGACCCCGGUUCUCAACCCUAUCAAGCAUUGAGAAUGGUGCCCGAGGGCAUGUCGAUGCAGGACCAGAAGCCAAAGCUGGGAAGUUCCGAUCUGGAUUCGGCCAGUGAGCGGACAAAUUGCAAUCACGUUUGCGGAUGCAUCGACCCGAUCUGCAACGAAAGAGUAGGAUUGAAGAAGUGGUUUCCUUCCAUGGACCUUCGCUGAGCGAGACCUUGCAGCAAUAGGGCAGAGGAAGUCUAGUAUGCUUAAUGACUUGAGUCGAAGAGCAGGUUCCCUUAUCGUGGUAUACUGGUUGAGUAUGACGGGAAAGUACUUGCGAUAAGUAAUCAAAGAUUAAACGUAGGCUUACGUUUACGUUGAUAACCUUGA